UUUGUGUGGGGCAGUAGCGAGUUUUCCCCCAUCAUGUACCAAGGAAAUCAUCCCCACGAAAAAAUGACUAAUUCUUUCUACCUAAGUUGAGGAAUACUACCUAAGUUGAGGGGUAAACUUGUAGAGAUAAAAAUGGGGAACGACAAUGACAGAAGGAACACAGGAGUGCGUGCAGAGGAGGAAAGAAGCUGCGAAAUCUAUUGGAGUAUCGCGUACUUUGGCCGGUGCGAGGUGGGUGGAGCGGGCAGCCCGCGGGUCACCAAGAUGCUGGCCUUUGCGGCGAGAACCAUGAUCAAGCCCUUGGGCUUCCUCAAACCAAUCUCCUUGAGGAAAGUGCCAGGCAGGUUUCAGACUCACCAGAACUCCCUGCCAAGAUUGCCAGUGCCUCCCCUGCAGCAGACCCUGGAUCACUACCUUCAGAUCCUGCAACCCAUUGUGAGCGAGGAGGAAUGGAACAACACCAAGCAGCUGGUGGAGGAGUUUCGAGGUUCAGGAGGCGUAGGAGAGCGCCUUCAGAAGAGCCUGGAACGAAGAGCCAGAAAGACAGAAAAUUGGCUAUCUGAGUGGUGGCUAAAGACUGCCUACCUCCAGUACCGACAACCUGUGGUGAUCCACUCUAGCCCAGGCCUGGUGCUCCCCAAACAAGACUUUGUGGAUUCCCAGGGUCAGCUUCGGUUUGCAGCCAAACUCAUAGAAGGAGCUCUGGAUUUCAAGGCCAUGAUUGACAAUGAGACUCUGCCAGUGGAAUAUCUUGGAGGAAAGCCACUGUGUAUGAACCAGUACUACCAGAUCCUCUCUUCCUGCCGAAUCCCAGGCCCCAAGCAGGACUCGGUCAUUAACUUCAGCAAGACAACUAAGCCCCCUAUACACAUCACCGUUGUGCACAAUUUCCAGUUUUUUGAGUUGGACGUGUACCACAGUGAUGGGACACCCUUAACCUCAGACCAGAUCUUCAUACAACUGGAGAAGAUCUGGAACUCGUCCUUGCAGACCAAUAAGGAGCCCAUUGGCAUUCUCACCACCAAUCACCGAAACACCUGGGCCAAAGCUUACACUAACCUUAUCAAAGACAAAACAAACAAGGCUUCCGUGCGCUCGAUACAGAAGAGCAUCUUCACCGUUUGCCUGGACGCGCCCAUGCCGCGGGUCUCAGACGACAUCUACAAGAGCCGGGUGGCCGGCCAGAUGCUGCACGGCGGAGGCAGCAAGCAGAACAGCGGGAACCGCUGGUUCGACAAAACCCUGCAGUUCAUAGUGGCAGAAGAUGGCUCCUGUGGCCUCGUGUAUGAGCAUGCUGCUGCAGAGGGUCCCCCCAUCGUGGCGCUCCUAGACCACAUCGUGGAGUUCUCGAAGAAACCAGAGCUUGUGAGGUCACCCAUGAUCCCCCUACCCAUGCCCAAGAAGCUGCGCUUCAACAUCAGCCCCGAGAUUAAGAGCGACAUUGAGAAGGCCAAGCAGAACCUCAACAUCAUGGUGCAGGACCUGGACCUUACAGUGCUAGUGUUCCAUCAUUUUGGGAAGAAUUUCCCCAAGUCAGAGAAGAUGAGCCCGGAUGGUUUCAUCCAGAUGGCCCUACAGCUGGCCUAUUACAGAAUCUAUGGCCAUACCUGUUCCACCUAUGAGAGCGCCUCUCUCCGAAUGUUCCACUUGGGCCGCACUGACACCAUCCGUUCCAACUCUGUUGAUUCCUUCCGCUUUGUCAAAGCCAUGGACGACUCUAACUUGACAGAGCAAAUGAAGGUGGAACUGCUGAGGAAGGCCGUGUUGACACACAGAUCCUACACUGACAAGGCUAUCCGAGGGGAAGCCAUUGACCGUCACCUACUGGGCCUAAAACUUCAGGCCAUCGAGGAUCUAGUGAGCAUCCCAGAGAUCUUCAUGGACACAUCCUAUGCCAUUGCAAUGCAUUUUAACCUUUCUACCAGCCAGGUCCCUGCCAAAACUGACUGUGUCAUGUGCUUUGGGCCGGUGGUCCCUGAUGGUUACGGAGUCUGCUACAACCCCAUGGCUGAGCACAUCAACUUUGUGGUCUCCGCCUACAACAGCUGUGCCGAGACCAACGCUGCCCGUCUGGCUCACUACCUGGAGAAGGCCCUGCUGGACAUGCGCACCCUGCUGCAGGAGCACCCGCGAGCCAAACUCUGAGCCCUCCGGCUCAAAAGAAGAGACUCUGGGGAACGACAGGAGUAGGUAGACAGGGUCCGUCUUGCCACGGGCCUCAGAACUGCUGGGGCCUCAGGAGGAAAAGGACUUCCAGCAAAGCAAAUCCAGGCCAUUAGCCUGGGCCUGCAUACGCCGCCUUCACCAGCUGAUUCUGCCACUGCCCGGGACAUCAGACCUAAUCUCUUCUACUUUCUGACUCUUCCUGAAACCUCAUUUCCAUUGCUCUCCUGGGAUACAGGCUUACUUUCCACCCCACCCAGCUCUUCCUUCCAUCUUGAUACAACUUCAUUUGGGCCCAGUACAAGAGGGAUCCCUCUCCCCGCAGCCCUAACUCAGGACCAGCAGCAGAUCCAGUCUGAUCUUCGUCAUCCAGCUUCCUUUAGCUGCUGUAGUUGUGGGGAAGAGGCAUGAGCUAUCUCAGCACCCCACUCUACUGGGACCAUGGUUAGGUUUGGAUUUCAGAAGUCAAGUGCCUUAAGUAAAAUCACGUUCCCUGUUGUCAUAGGAGUUCCCCAUUCUCCCUAGUGCCUAGCCCCUGGUGGAAGAAGCCCCCGGUGCCAUCUGGAACAGGAAUUCUUGAGUUAUUAGGCCAAGUCUGGGGCUGCAUCUGAAAGGGGCUGUGAGCUUCAACUCCAAAUCUUCUGUCUUGGGGAAGAGUGAGCUAAGGACACUUAUGAAGGAUAAUACUCCUGUAAUCUAGUGUACCUGCACUGUUUACAAGGAAUUCCCUUACCCUCAUGGUGUAAAGAAGGAAAUAGUCUAUUUUUUUCUUGAGCUUGGCCCCUCCCUCUUCCCCCAAUCCCUGAUUUAUAGAGGGUAGUCAGGGGAAGAUAGACUUUUGGAGAACUAGCCAGAUUUGAGCCUUAUUGGAGCCCCAGCAGGAGGACAGAGUAGAGGAGAGGGAUCAGUCAACCUUCCUCUCACUCACCACAGGUUUGCAUGAAUUUGAUUGUUCAUGUCAUGGCUCAAAUACUAUCUUUGGUGAUGUAGCUAAUGCCCUGGGCCCCUUGGCUCUGUAAUUAUGAUUCCUGAACGAUUGUGAAUGAUUGUAUAGUAAUAACGUGGGAAUUAAUAAAGGGAAAAUCUGUUGGAAAACUACAUGGGGUACAAGGACCAGCUACAAGAAUGGCCCCUACCCUGUCCCCAUCCAUGUUCCAGCAUCAUCUUCAUAGUGUAGGCCAUAAAGAAGACAAAAGGAAAAAGGAAGAUUGUACUUCAGUUGUAGAACUUUCCUCCAAGAAGCCUGACCUGGUUGAAGGGAACAUGGAACAAGUACUUCCGCUUCAUCCAAUUCUCCAACAACCCCAUCUACCAUGGAAGCAGUGGGGAGGCAUCAGUUCAACAAACCUUAAGAUUAAGGCCACUCAGAUGGCAAACUGUCCCUCAAGAGAAGUAAAAUACCUCAAAAAAGUCACACAACAAGGCUUCAAUGAGGACCCAGGUUCUCUGGAUCCCAGCCUCGUAUUCUUUACAAAUGCAAACACAAGCAACUUCCACUGGGAAAAAAAAAAUGAAGUGGUCAAUAUUUUUUCCAUAUCACCUUCUGAAGGGCAGGACAGUGUUCACUGUUUAAUAAAGCACUUGGAAGUCUCUGGCCUCAUGACAAACUCCA